AUGUCAACCCCUCGCUCCCGUAAAUCAUCAGUCAACUCCCACCGACCACCGGCUUCUCUUCGUAUCCCAUCAGCCGCUCGUCGAGCCUCCAAUACAGCACUUUCUUUUGUCUUCGCGCAAGGUGAUCCGGCACGAUCACACGCACUGAGCGAAGCCCAUCUGUCUAGGCAGCUGGAUGGGGAUCUUGGCGGGAAACAGAUGGGGCUGAGGAGUAGGAGGUCUAGUUCCGCUACUGUCAGAACAAUGAGAACUGUGUCAGGUUUGAGAAGUCCUAGUUCGGAUCAUAGAAGUCUCAUGGAGGAGGAAGAGAACCAAGGAGAGCCAUCGAGGGGUAGAAAUACAGCAUCACCGGAACCCAUCGCAGAUCUCUCACCACAACUAAUUGAUGACCCAUCAGCUUCCACUUCACAUAGAAAUCCCUCGCCUGCCCCGACAAUCAAUAAACGUUCUCUCAACCCCAAAUCCUCCUCCUCAUGGCUCCGUUGGGCGUCUCCUACUCCUUCGUUCCCGCGCUCACCAUCAGUGUCCAAAGGAAAAGCUAAAGAAAAGGAGCGUUUCGAUGAUACGGAUUCAAUCAGGGUUGCUCUAUUGCCUGCCCCUUUGGAAACGGAUUCGGUUUCGAGGUCCUCAUCACCUCCGACCUUGAUCGACGAACCUCACAAUUCAUGUGAUCCUUCACCUAAUCCUCUUCCCGAUCCCUCCGACUUGCUAUCAAGCAUCCCAACUGCAUUGCCGGACCCUCCAACGAUAUCUCGCGGUUGGUGGGGACGAGCAACGCCGAGGAAUUCCGUUGAGCCCAAAUCGUUUCUGAACGACUCCAAAGUCUCUACGAACCCUACAGACGCAGUCAAGAUACUCACGACUUCAUCUCAUCCACCUAAUCAAACAGCGGGAGAAGAUUUAUCCGAUGUGCUGCCGCAUAUCCCGACCAUGGCGUCACAUUCAUUCUCACCCUCGCAAACCAACAAUGCAAUACUUGUCGCAGAUCCAUCUAAUCAAGAAGCAUUAGCUGAAGGAUUGCCUCAAGAAUCCAACGAUCAGACGGCAACCACAUCCAGCAGAAAAGGAUGGAAAGGAUAUCUGAGUUGGAGUAGCGAUGGGACUCGGGAGAAAGUCAAGACAAUCGAGCCUGCUGCUCCCCUUCCUCCAGAUAAUGAUCAUGCAGUCAACGAGCUAUCAUUUACUGAUGAUGCCCAUGACACACCCGUUACCACCGCCGAGCCUCUUACAAAUACGGCCAUCUCUCCUGACCACCCUUCGUUACCACACACAGCACCCUCGAAUCAAGCCACGCAGCCUCAACCAUGGUCUACCUAUUUCUACUCUUUCGUUGUCCCUCCCCCACGACCAGCAGAGCACACGUCCCAGCCUGCGCCAUCCCACGUCGUUGAAACAGGCGACCCAACCGAGGAACAGAGACCAGUCCACAAUCAACCUGCUCCAGACCCUUCUGUCGAGGAAGCUACGCCAAUCUCUUCGUCUGAACUCCCAACACAGGCAGCCAUCCCUUUCAACGCCGCCCCACAGCGUAACCCAGAUCGGAGGCCGUCAACAAACGGAUGGCUCGACUAUCUCGCUUUUAGAGCGGGUCAAAAGAACGUCGAUGGUGGCUCUGUUUAUACUGUGGAUAAUGGGAGAAACACCUCGGAAGCACCUGGAGAAGAAGUCAUGGAUUUUUCUGCGGACCCUGAAUUCCCUUCAUCCGCUAACUCUCACAAUCUCGCUCCUCCGCAACUAUCAAAAAACAAAGAAGUCAAAGUCGCAGCAGAAGCAGUUAAGACGGUCACGCCCAAGCCGUCACAAACAAUGGACGUCCGAAAGAAGCGCUUGUCCAACGCUUCCGUCCUUUCUAAUGGUAGCCUGACUCCUGCACUGGCAUCUCCUAACACCCGUUCAUCUCUAGAAGGCAAUCGUCCUGGACUUGCACAUCAGAAUGGAUCUUCUCUACCACCACCACCUCAGCAACCCUCGGUUCAACCGAAUUUGGUCAUUCCUACUUUCAGAGAUACCUUUGAUCGUCCGCCUCGUUCUUUCUUACCAGUACCUGUUCCAACGCAGACUCCUGAGCCACCGAAUAAAGGCAUAACCGCAGCCACCACUGGACUCGCUUGGAAGGCUCUCGGUGCUGUGGGUAGUUAUGUUUACGGAGGCGCGGAGAUUGCGCAGAAGACCACGUCCGAGACUCUAACUGAAGAUGAAUGCGAAGUGAGAGGUCGAAAAGAGGGCAGAAACGUGGGGUCAGACAUGCCAAGACGAAUCGGUUUGGGAAGUGGAACGCCCGAUGAUGGAUGGAGAGAUGUGAGAAGGGUGGUGGUGAUUGGUGUCCAUGGAUGGUUCCCCGCAAAAAUGCUCAAUAGUGUUAUUGGCGAACCCACGGGUACUUCUAUGAAAUUCGCCAGUAUGAUGGGUCAAGCGGUCAAGCAAUUCUUCGACGAAAAAGGUGUUGAUGAUCUACGUUUAACACUUAUGCCGCUCGAAGGAGAGGGCACGAUUGAUUCGAGGGCUUACCUGAGUAAUCCCGCUUGGAUAAACGAUCUUCGUCGAGCCGACGCUAUUUUUUUCGCCGCCCAUUCCCAAGGCUGUAUAGUCACCACCCAUUUGAUCUCUCGCAUGAUCGCUCAAGGUCAUAUCAGAACUGCCCUAAAUGCUGAAGCUGUCUCGCGUUGUGAGUGGGCUUUCGGCCCUAUUGGCGUUGUACCCCAAGAAGAUCCUCGGAAAGGUCGAAGAUAUCCUAUUCCCAUUGUGGGGUCGGAAGGAGGAUGUCAAAAAGUGGCAAUGCUAGCUAUGUGUGGAGUACAUCUCGGCCCGCUUUACUCUAUCAGUACAUCUACUGUCAUCCAACCGUACCUCCAAUGGUUCGAGAAUGCUGCUGCGAGGGAAUUAUUCGAGUUUCAAGAGUCGACUUCGGCGGUCAGUGUAGCAUAUCAGAAAGCUUUAUCGAUGGUGUUGGAAAAUGAAGUCCGGGUGGUAUUGCUGGCUUCGCUGAACGAUCAAGUGGUCCCUAUCUAUGGCGCCUCUUUCAGCACAGCCACCCAUCCUCUCCUUCUUCGUGCUCUGUACGUUGACGGGGCUUCCUACGCUCAGUCAGACUUUAUGACCAAGCUCCUAUCUUUCGCCUUCAUGCUCAAGAACGCAGGUAUAGAUGAUCAAAGAUUAGUGGAGCAUCUGAGUGAGGCAACAGCGGGAAGCUUGACAGGCAUUGGUCAUUCCACCCCUUAUGAAGAGCUGUCAUGUUACUCCGUCGCGGUACACUAUCUUUUCCAUGCUGGAUCGGCGCGUCAUCCUCUCUCACCGCUUCAGGUCGAACCAUUCUCGGCCAGAGACGCCAAGAACGAUUUCGAGCUACCGUGGAUCAUGCGUGCUUUGGUGGACUCGCCAGAGAUUAAAGAUUUAUUCCCGGGAGAGCUGAAAGACCUGAAAGAAGGCAUACUCAAUUGGAGGCCGAAUACGAAAGUCUUGAAGGAGAUCAAGAAGAGGCUGGAACCUAUGGCCGGCAGGCAGUCACGUUUGAGGGGUCUUCAUGUAUCCCCAUCUUCUGCUUCUCUCAAUUCAAACCACGACUCAAGUCUUGGGAUCAGUCCGGGCGGACAAAGAGCAUUGGCUUCAGGUAAGGCUCUCAAGAGUCGUCUCUGA